AACGAACUUUGACAAGUCUUUAAAAACAAAUAUGUGGUGUUAAAAUGUUGGUACAAUUACAAAAUACCUGCAACUUGUUUUUUUUUAGUUUAGGGCAAAAUAUAUACAGUUUCUGAUUUUAAUUUGUAAUAUUUAAACUGAUAUGUUGUUUUAACAACAAAAAAUGACGGAUUGCAGCUUUAAACUAAAAUUCUAUUAUAGCUCACACAAAACCGAGCAAAUGAAUGGGUCUGAUGUGUGACCCUGGACAACAAAACCAGUCUUAUGGGUCAAUUUUUCGAACUUGAGAUUUUUACAUAAUCUGAAAGCUGAAUAAAUAAACUUUCUAUAGAUAUAUGAGUUGUUAGAAUAGGACAAUAUCUGGCUGAGAUACAACCGUUUAAAACUCUAAUCUGCGAGCACAAAAAAAUCAAAAUAUUGAGAAAAUUGCCUUUGAAGUUGUUAAUCAAUGGCACUGUGGCAGGCCAUCCACUCACAAAAAUAAAGUUUUUAUAUAUUUAAGGUAGGGAAUUUACAAAAUAUCUUCAUGGAACAUGAUCUUUACUUAAUAUCCUAAUGAAUUUUGGCAUAAAAGAAAAAUCGAUAAUUUUGACCCACACAAUGUAUUUUUGUCUUUUACUAAAAAUGUUCCCGUUCUACUUAAGACUGGUUUUGUGAUCCAGGGUCACAAUAUGUUCACUCUUUUACCAUUCUCUAUUAAAAUCAACUCGAUAAACUCAAAUAAUAAAGUAAAAAUGUUAAUUCAAACCAAAUCGUACUUAAACCAUAUUUUAGAUAUUAGGCAUUUCAGUAGUGUUAAAACAUUAACAAUAACCCAAUUGUCAAUCAUUAUUAUUAAUAACAGUAAUUAUUCCCUAUAUGUUGUUAGCGUUGUACCUAAAGUAAUCCCCAACUAGAGUGACUACUACGCUUUGCGAAUCGGCUCCUCCGAAUCAACAAAAGAAUCAGUUCACACCAAGGAUUCGCUCGCAGAAUGAGUACGCUCACAGUGGAUUUAGACGCAUGGGAGUCAACAAUACAGCCAUAUAUUUUCAUUGCCCGAUCUUAAAACAAAAGUGAUAUGUUUCUCAUGUGAACGCGCUCUGUGAGUGUCUUCGCGCGCUGCGUCCUGUGUGCUUUUGUUGGUUCCCGUUACGCAUUUGAGCGCAGGAUGGCGGAGUGUCACGGCGAGAUCAGCAGCGACGACUGUCGGCGACCGAUCCACACUUUUAAUCACAGAUCCUCCAAAUGGGUCCGUCUAAACGUCGGCGGCACGCAUUUUCUGACCACCCAACAGACACUGUGCCGGGCCCGACUGUGCCAAGUGGACCCCGAUCUGGAUUCCGAUAAGGACGAGACUGGGGCUUACUUGAUCGACAGGGAUCCAGUGUACUUCGGGCCAGUAUUGAAUUACCUUAGACAUGGCAAACUGGUUCUCAACAAGAAUCUGACAGAGGAGGGCGCUCUUGAAGAGGCCGAGUUCUACAACAUCACAUCAUUAAUCAAACUCAUUAAAGAUAAGAUUAGUGAAAGAGACGCCAAGACUACACACACUCCAGUCAAACAUGUUUACAGAGUGUUGCAGUGUCAGGAGGAAGAACUGACUCAGAUGGUCUCAACCAUGUCGGAUGGAUGGAAGUUUGAACAGUUGGUCAAUAUUGGCUCCUCUUACAAUUAUGGUAAUGAGGACCAGGCGGAGUUUCUGUGUGUUGUUUCCAAGGAGCUUUACAACCAAUCAUAUGGCAGCAACAAUCAACCAAGUGAGAAAGCAAAGAUUCUACAGGAACGAGGUUCUAGAAUAUGAUCUGUUACGGCAAGAUAGGUGACAUAUCCAGCUUCUUUCUAGAGCUCUCCGUGAGCUUGUUCUCGUCACUCCUCAUCAAUGGAAACCCACUAACACGCAUGUUCACUGGAAACGGUGCCUGUGAAAUACUGGAAUGCUUUGUUUUCAUCUUUACACAGACUGAGAGUCAGCUGUAGAUGCUUCUGAUUCUGUCUGGUCAUGAGUCGGAGAACUGGACCGAUGUAAAUCUCAGGGAUUUAGGAAAAUGCACACUUUAAAUUCCUUAAACUAGCCAUCUGUUACCAAAAGCAUGAUGGAUAUGUAACAAUUCUGUAUUUGUACUGAUGACAAUAACCAGGGAUUAUUUAUUUUACUCUGUGCUUUGCAUGCACAAUAAAGAAAUAACAAUAGUGAUUCAGUUAUUUGUUAUUUUUGUUUAAUGGAUUUGUAUGAACUUUAGUUUUUCAUUGUUAUUUGAUUAAGAAUCGCAUUGGGACUUUUCAAGACUUAAAAUACUUUUUACUUAUAAUUAAGGAAAAGAUCAAUACUAUUAUACCACUUUUAAUGUGAAAACUGUUGCUUUUGCACUACUGCUGUAUUCUUAUUCUUAUGCAUUGCAAUAACAGGUAGCAUUCGAGAAAGAGACAUUUUGAUAUUCCUGCCAUCUGCUAGAUCUUAAAGGGUUAGUGUUCUGAAAAGUUUGAAAGUAAAUGUUUGGGGGGGGGGGCGUGGCUAGAUGUAUGACUGCACUUCCAGGUUUAUAUUAGACUUUUUGAUCGAUAAUCGUUCUUCUAUAAUGUACUCGUUUGUAUUUAUUUUGUGACUUCUGUCUGUAAAUCUGAAUGGAGCACAUCAUCUCCUGUCAAUGUACAAUCAAGCAGAUGACUGUAGCCAACACACACCUACAUGCUUGUAACAUAUAAAUCCAUUUAUAACAAAUCA